AUGCCUCCCAAGAAGCAAGUCGUCGAGGAGAAGAUCCUCCUGGGCAGGCCCGGUAACAACCUGAAGAGUGGAAUUGUUGGCCUUGCAAACGUUGGAAAGUCCACCCUCUUCCAGGCCAUUACCAAGUGCAACCUGGGAAACCCGGCCAACUUCCCCUACGCCACCAUCGACCCUGAGGAGGCACGUGUCAUCGUCCCCGAUGAGCGCUAUGAUUGGCUUUGCGAAAAGUACAAUCCCAAGUCGCGCGUGCCUGCCAACCUUACGGUGUACGAUAUCGCUGGUCUGACGAGAGGUGCCUCCACUGGCGCUGGUCUUGGUAACGCCUUCUUGUCGCACAUUCGCGCCGUCGAUGCCAUCUUCCAGGUCGUUCGUUGCUUCGACGAUGCCGAGAUUAUCCACGUCGAGGGUGACGUCAACCCUACCCGUGAUCUCGACAUCAUCAGCGACGAGCUGCGGUUGAAGGAUAUUGAGUUCACCGAGAAGGCACUCGAGAACCAGAAGAAGAAGACUCGCUCUGGUGGCAAGGGCCUCGAGCACAAGAAGGCUAUGGAGGAGCAGGCUACCAUUGAGAAGAUCCUUCAGCACUUGAAGGACGGCAAUGAAGUCCGCAAGGGUACCUGGGGCCCCAAGGAGAUCGAGGUCAUCAACCCCUUGUUCCUCCUUACCGCCAAGCCCGUCGUCUACUUGGUCAACCUCUCGGAGAAGGACUUCAUUCGCAAGAAGAACAAGUACCUUCCCAAGGUUGCCGAGUGGGUUAAGGAGCACGCCCAAGGCGACCCCAUCAUCCCCAUCUCCGUCUCUUUCGAGGAGCGUCUGACCCGCUACGAGACUGAGGCCGAGUCCAAGGAAGAGCAGAAGAACGUUGGCGCCGAGUCCGCUCUGCCCAAGAUCGUUCUUCAGAUGCGCAAGGUCCUCAACCUUGGCAGCUUCUUCACCACCGGCACGGACGAAGUCCGCCAGUGGACUCUCCGCAACGGCACCAAGGCGCCCCAGGCUGCUGGUGUCAUUCACACCGACUUUGAAAAGACCUUUAUUCAAGUCCUCGUCUACAACUUCACCACGCUGAAGGAGCUCGGCACCGAAGCCGAGGUCAAGGCUAAGGGCAAGGUGAUGACGAAGGGCAAGGACUACGUUGUGGAAGAUGGAGACAUCUUGCUCAUCAAGGCCGGUGCCGCCAAGGCGGUUCGUCCACGGUCCUCGACUAAGGGUCCGCUCGACCUGGACGACACUCCUCUGAAUGACCCGUUGUCACCAAAAGCCGCCGCCACAGAAGACACGACGCAGCAACGCCCAAUAUCAGGACAACGCUCGCCAGCGCUGCCUCACUCUCCCGCCGCUCCGCCCCUGAAGACAACCGUCACCAAGGACUUUGGCUUCCUCCUGCGGCCCGAGAUCUACCACACCAUCCAACCCGUCAACGUCCCGGUCGCAUUCAGGAACUCGUCCAAGCAGCCGCCGGCCGAUGCUCCGCUCGAAGACCUGCUGGCAAAGGGCCACUUCCGCGCCGCCGCCAUUGCCGCGGUCCAGGAGCUGACGGCCACGGGCAGCCCAGGCCGGCCGCGGGUCGCACCGUCGGACCACCAGAGGAUCUUUAGCCUGCUGUACACGCGGCUGGCGUGCCUGACGCUCAUCGACGCGACGGCGGUGGCGGCGCAGGAGGUGAGGGCGCUGGAAGACUUGAAUGCAGGCGUCUACAUUGACGAGACCACGGGCGAGCACUUGGUGCCCUGGGAGCUGCGCGUGCUUAACGUACGGCUACAGGCUCUCGGGUUCAGCGACCCGCGCAGGUCCGUCAUGAGCUACCACGACCUGGCGCGGGAGGCGCGCGAGCAGAUCAGCAAGGCGACGGCACGGCACGAUAACUCGGCGAGGGAGCUCUGGAAGGCGCGGCUGCAGGAUCUGGGUGUUGCUGUCGCGGGCGCGCUGGUGGAGAUGGAUGACCCCGCCGGCGCGGCGCAUCACUUGGCUACGCUUAAAGACCGCGGGAAUGGAAAGAUGGCGCUGUCGAGGGCUCUGCUGUGGCUUCACUUGGGGGAUGCGGACGCGGCGAGGCGCUGCGUUGUACCAGGGGAGGGCUCUGGGGAGGACGGGAAGCAUGCUGAGACGGUUGUGGGCGCGCUUUGUCAGAUGGCUGAUGGGGAAUAUGAGGCGGCGCUUGCGACCUGGAGAGGGCUGAGGGAGGGAGUUGCGGAUGAGAUGAUUGGUGUCAACAUGGCGGUGUGUCUUCUUUACACUGGCAAGUUGACAGAGGCACGAGCCAUUUUUGAGGACAUGGUCGGAUCCGGCUACUCAUCGCACACUCUCUUGUUUAACCUCAGCACAACCUACGAACUCUGCACGGAGCGGAAUCGGAACCUGAAGGUGAGGCUCGUUGAUAAGGUGGCCGAUCUGGAGGAGACUCCAAGAGGCUGGGAGAAGAACAAUGCCGACUUUAAGUUGUAA